ACGCCGCUUCCACACUUGCACAGUUCCAUUCCUCUAUAAAAUACCUUCCCCACACCAAAUUACUACUCCUUUUGACUGAAAACUGCUGGAGCUUUUCACACUUAGCAGAAAUGGCGGAAUCUUGUUUCCUUUCAUCCUCUCUCAAACCACGACUUCUCCUCAAAGGAGAUGAACAAUGGCGGAGCUGUUUUUACCCAAAUAUAAGGCCAUCCUAUAUGAGGCUUUCAUCCAAUUUCAGAGUACAAGCAUCCAUUGCUAAUUCUAGGGCGAUUGAAAUCCCUAAUCAAUGGUACAACCUAAUUGCUGAUCUCCCAGUGAAACCGCCGCCCUAUUUGAAUCCCAAAACGUUUGAACCGGUUAAACCAGAGGAUUUAUCACCUUUAUUCCCCGAUGAAUUGAUCAAGCAAGAGGUCAGCAACGAAAGGUUCAUCGAUAUCCCGGAAGAGGUCAUCGAUGUUUAUGGCCUUUGGCGGCCGACACCUCUGAUCCGAGCCAAGAGGCUGGAGAAGCUGCUCAAUACGCCUGCACGUAUAUACUACAAGUAUGAAGGUGCUAGCCCUGCUGGCUCCCAUAAGCCUAACACGGCUGUACCACAGGUCUGGUAUAACGCGAAGGAAGGUGUUAAGAACGUUGUCACUGAAACGGGCGCUGGCCAAUGGGGGAGCUCUCUGGCCUUCGCGUGCAGCUUGUUUGGUCUUAACUGUGAAGUGUGGCAGGUACGCGCAUCCUAUGAUCAGAAGCCCUAUCGUAAGCUGAUGAUGCAGACGUGGGGGGCGAAGGUGCACCCCUCGCCUUCUAGUCUCACUGAGGCUGGUCGGAGGUUGCUUGAGAAGGACCCCACGAGCCCGGGAAGUUUAGGGAUUGCUAUCUCUGAAGCUGUUGAGGUUGCAGCAGGGGAUCCCGACACGAAGUAUUGCUUAGGUAGUGUGCUCAACCAUGUUCUGAUGCAUCAAACUGUCAUCGGUGAGGAAUGCAUAAAACAGAUGGAGGCCAUAGGAGAGUCUCCUGAUGUGAUCAUUGGAUGCACUGGUGGCGGUUCUAAUUUUGGGGGGCUUGCUUUCCCGUUCAUCCGGGAGAAGAUGAGUGGCGCGAUGAACCCAAUCAUCCGAGCAGUGGAGCCAACUGCGUGCCCCUCGCUGACCAAGGGCGUGUUUGCUUAUGACUACGGUGACACAGCAGGGAUGACUCCGUUGAUGAAGAUGCACACCCUCGGGCAUGACUUCAUACCCGACCCAAUCCACGCUGGCGGUUUGAGGUACCACGGAAUGGCUCCAUUGAUCUCACAUGUACAUGAAUUAGGCUAUAUGGAAACACUUGCAAUUGCUCAAAAUGAAUGCUUUGAAGGGGCGAUAAAGUUUGCAAGGACAGAGGGGUUGAUACCGGCGCCUGAGCCAGCACACGCCAUCGCUGCCACCAUACGAGAAGCUCUUCGUUGCAGGGAGACGGGGGAAUCGAAGGUGCUUCUCAUGGCAAUGUGUGGACAUGGCCAUUUUGAUUUGCCAGCUUAUGACAAGUAUUUGAAUGGAGGGCUUGUAGAUUUGUCUUUCUCUCAAGAUAAGAUUGAUUUAUCACUUGCUAAUAUUCCUCAGAGAAACUAGCUAAUUCUGUAGGUGGAAUAAAAUGUUUUACUACUACUUUUGAGAUCAUUUAAUUUCCUUGGGCAUUUGGUCAUAGGCUCGUCGGGUAAAUUUUCUUCGAAUCAUGUUGGAUUAUUUAUUCAAUACAAUUUGUCUCAAUCUAUUAAUUGAGCAAUAAGUUUCUGGUCCA